GUGGCAACAGUCUCGAAGCAGUAAGGAGUAAAGACGUGUAUUUCGAGUGGAGUAAUCUUUUUAUGGCAGUGCGAGCGAACGGAUGUGCGUUCGUGGCACUCUCGGAAUUGUCUGAGAUUUAACUAAGUUUCACUAUUUACGAAGCCAGCUUCAUCGCCUGUGGCUUGAAUUUAAAGAAAAAAAUAUGGCAGCAAAGGCAAUUCGAGAAGCAACUGGAAAAGACCUGAUCAAUCGUAAACUUUCUGUCGGAACAAAAGUAGCAAAAUGUAGAUUUGUACCUAUUACGGAAAAUACAAAUUGGAUCGAUAUCACCAAUGAACAUCCAUGGCUCAAAACAGAAAGACUGGUUGUUAAACCGGAUCAAUUAAUCAAGCGACGGGGAAAACUCGGAUUAAUUAAGGUGAAUGCGGAUUUAUCUACGGUACAAAAAUGGGUGGAGCAACGCAUGAAUAAAGAACAACGCGUUGGCAAAGCAACCGGAAAAUUAAAAACAUUUAUAAUUGAACCAUUUAUACCGCAUAAACCGGAAGAGGAAGUUUACGUAUGUAUUUAUUCUCAUCGCAAAGCAGACACGAUACUGUUUCAUCAUCAAGGAGGUGUCGAUAUCGGAGAUGUCGAUGCUAAGGCUUUGAAAUUAGAUAUACCGGUUGGCAGCGAAGCACCCAAUCGAUCUACAUUGAUCGAAAAGCUUCUGAUGAAUGUGAUGGAUGAUAAAAAAGUGGUGAUAGCCGAAUUUAUAGAAUCUCUUUACAAGUUGUACGUUAAUUUAUACUUUACGUAUAUGGAAAUCAAUCCGUUAGUGGUAACGGAUACUGCGAUUUAUAUACUUGACCUUGCGGCUAAAUUGGACACUACAGCGGACUUUAUAUGUAGACCGGAUUGGGGAGAAAUUGAUUAUCCACCACCAUUCGGAAGAGAUGCUUAUCCAGAGGAAGCUUACAUCGCUGAUUUAGACGCCAAGUCUGGUGCUAGUUUAAAGUUGACGAUUCUUAAUCCAAAUGGUCGCAUAUGGACAAUGGUUGCUGGUGGUGGUGCGUCUGUGAUAUAUUCAGACACGAUUUGCGACCUGGGUGCAGCCGCCGAAUUGGCUAAUUACGGUGAAUAUUCUGGUGCUCCUAGCGAACAACAAACUUAUGAAUAUGCAAAAACUAUAUUGAGUUUGAUGACUAAGAGAAAGUGUCCCGAUGGAAAAGUACUUAUUAUAGGAGGAGGUAUUGCUAAUUUUACAAAUGUAGCUGCAACAUUUAAAGGCAUCGUUAAAGCUCUCCAAGAAUAUCAACCUAAGCUAGUAGAGCAUGAUAUAAGAAUUUUUGUAAGGAGAGCAGGACCUAAUUAUCAAGAAGGCUUAAGGUAAAAGAAAAAAAUUUCUCAAUAUUUUAUUAAAUAUGUUCUUAUUCCUGUUUAUAAACAAAUGAAAGAUGCUAUGGCCAAGCAUGCUGACGCAGAUGUAAUGGUCACGUUUGCCUCUUUAAGAUCCGCUUAUGAAAGUACCAUGGAAACACUCCAAUUUCCACAAAUUAGGACAAUUGCUAUAAUCGCAGAAGGUAUACCGGAAAAUAUGACUAGAAAAUUGAUUCUUUCGGCGCAACAAAGGAAUGUUACCAUAAUCGGACCGGCAACUGUGGGAGGUGUGAAGCCGGGCUGCUUUAAAAUUGGUAAUACAGGUGGAAUGAUGGAUAACAUACUGCAUAGCAAAUUGUAUAGACCUGGCAGCGUUGCUUAUGUUUCUCGUUCCGGUGGCAUGUCGAACGAAUUGAAUAAUAUAAUCUCUAAAGCUUCUAACGGCGUGUUAGAGGGUGUUGCUAUUGGUGGAGAUCGAUACCCAGGAACCACUUUUAUGGAUCACAUAAUGCGUUAUCAAAAUAAUCCAGAUGCAAAACUGAUUAUAUUACUUGGUGAAGUCGGUGGCGUCGAAGAGUAUGAAGUAUGCGAAGCAUUAAAAACAGGCAAGAUUACGAAGCCUUUGGUAGCUUGGUGCAUCGGUACUUGUGCCAGUAUGUUCAAUUCCGAAGUGCAAUUUGGCCAUGCUGGGUCCAUUGCACAUUCCAAUCUUGAAACGGCCUCUGCAAAAAAUGCGGCAUUGAAGGCCGCUGGUGGGUAUGUUCCAGAUAGCUUUGAUAAUCUCGGGGAUCUCAUACAAACCGUUUACGAACAGCUGGUAAAAGAUGGUACAAUAAUGCCAGAACCUGAAGUUCCACCGCCGACGGUGCCGAUGGAUUAUAAUUGGGCUAGAGAACUUGGUUUAAUACGUAAACCAGCAUCAUUUAUGACAUCGAUUUGCGAUGAACGCGGACAAGAAUUAUUGUACGCUGGUAUGCCCGUAACUGAGGUUCUGAAACAAAACGUGGGCAUCGGUGGUGUCGUCUCGCUUUUGUGGUUCCAACGUUGCUUACCUGCAACAUAUUGUAAAUUCCUUGAGAUGUCAUUGAUGUUGACAGCUGAUCAUGGUCCAGCUGUUUCCGGAGCUCACAACACCAUCGUUUGCGCACGUGCUGGAAAGGAUUUGGUCAGCUCUCUUGUUUCGGGACUUUUGACAAUUGGCGAUCGCUUUGGUGGUGCCUUAGACGGUGCAGCUCGCAUGUUUUCUGAGGCGUACGAUGCCGGUUUACAUCCGCAAGAAUUCGUAAAUAACACGCGUAAGAAAGGCAAACUGAUUAUGGGUAUUGGUCAUCGUGUUAAAUCGAUCAAUAAUCCUGAUAUGCGAGUCAAGCUUAUCAAGGAAUUCGUACUAGAGAAUUUUCCAGCAAAGCCUUUAGUCGAGUAUGCCUUGGAAGUUGAGAAAAUAACGACUAGUAAAAAACCCAAUUUAAUUCUUAAUGUGGACGGUAUUAUCGCUUGCGCUUUCGUUGACAUGCUACGGAAGAGUGGUAGUUUUACAAGAGAAGAGGCGCAAGAAUAUAUUGAAAUAGGAGCCAUAAAUAGCCUAUUUGUCCUUGGCCGAAGUAUAGGAUUUAUCGGUCAUUAUAUGGAUCAAAGAAGAUUAAAGCAAGGACUUUAUCGUCAUCCAUGGGAUGAUAUUUCUUACGUACUACCCGAGCAAUAUAAUUGAAAGUCAUCAAACAAUGUAUUGUACAAUACUUGAUAUUCUAUCGUUAAUCGCUUAGCCUAAAGAUUAUUUUAAAGAUGAAUAAAUUCAGGUAUAAAAAAAAAUUAAUUGUCGAUUCAUCGCGAUCAAUAAAUUGAUUACGAAUAAAAGUCGAUAUUCGAAUUUGAAAUCAAAUUGCAAGUACUUGUAGUGUGCUGAAAAAUUCUGUUUUUAUUUUAUAAAAAAAUUUAUUGAUUUCAAAUUUUAACUAUUGUGACGCUGAUUAACCAUUUAUAAUUAGAAAAUUCUAAGUGAGAUCUCGUAAUAAAAGGAGAGGACAUUAGAUGUCUCGUAUAAUUAUAGUCGUACAAUUCAAUAUAAAUGAGUAAAUUGUUCGAAAUAUUUAUCUAACAUUCCACGUGCAUUUUUGAGUAAAUAGGUUUUAUGCAGCGGAAUUGGAGUGUUACAUGAUUUAUUUUAAGAUUGAUUAGCUAACAUAAAUUUAAACAAAGCUAUUAUUAGGUAAUUAUGUUAACAAUAUUACUAAUCACGUGCACAAUUCUUAUAUAAAUCACAAAGUAAUUAAUAGUAAAUAAUAAAUAUAUAUUUAUGAAUGCUUAA